UCUAAUUCUCUGUCUCUGGAUUGCACCCUGCCCAACACUUUUUUUUGGGAUUUUAAACAUUCAUCGAUGAUUCCAGCGUCUCCCCAACCGUUCUUCUCCUCCGGAGCUCUCGGACGUUUCACAGUGUCGUGCGGGAGGAGGCUUGCACUCAGGCCCCACCAGCUCUCCUGGCUCUGCGGGUGUUUUUAAGAUGUUGGAGCCCGCCUGUGUGGCCCGAGCCCGAGAUCGGAUCAGCGAUCGGAUCAGUAGCACUGCGGCUCCUGGUGGCCCCAGACAUGGGCCGCGGCCCGGCCUGCCUCCGUGCUCAUCCCUCCGCCCGCCCGCCCCUGCUCUGCUUGUGAAGGAUGUCCAAAAGCCAAGCUCCUGCCCAGGAACCCUCUGAGAUCCCCAGCCAGAGAGAGCGCAUCCGCUGCCACAUGAAGAUGGUGAUCGAGCAGCUGGAAGGAAUCCUUACAGAGCUCAAAGAUGUGGCCAGGGAGCUGCGGGAGGUGGUAGGUCAGAUCGACAAGCUGACGGCAGACUUCGACUUCGACCCGGAGCCAGACGAGUGGACGGUGGCGACGGCAAGCAGCACAUCGAGCAGCGAGCGUGGCCUCGCCGAGACCUUCCGACUCGACUUCCUCAGCCAUGACACGCUCACAGAUGCUUGGGACUUUUGUGGCUACCGCAAAACGGCUCGCGACGAGGACGAGUUGCUGGAGGAGGAGGAGCUGGGGAGCUCUGCUUCAGCCACGCCCACACCCACCGUCAAUGCAUACUCGCAGAUGAACGGCGGCCUGCCAAUCCCUAACGGACCCCUGAUAUUCACUCCGGACUCCUCCAGCGAGGAAGCGUCGAGCUCGACGCACAGUCAGAAAACAUCACGCACCUCUGGGACGAGAGAAAGAGUUCGGUUCAGCGACAAAGUUUUGUACCAUGCGCUAUGCUGCGACGACGACGAUGAAGACGAGCCUGAAGAGGAGGACGGAGGAGAGGAGGACGACAAAGUGGACUGUGGGAUGCCGGACACGGACAGCGAGCCAAGCCCUUUGGCUUCCUCACCCAUCCCUCCUCUGUCCUCUUCUUCCGAAUGCUCGUCUAAUAUUCACAAAUGGCGGGAAACCUCUUCUGCUGGACCGUCACCCGUUAAGGUGGCCAUGCUCGGACCACAUACGCUACCUAGAAAAGGUCCAUUAAAACCGGGUGGGAGGAAAAAACUGCUGCGCAACAGCAGCACCCAGACAGUUUCAGACAAAAGCACGCAGACAGUAUUGCCCUACAUCUCGGCUAAACAGAAAAGCAAGGAUCCUUGAAUAGACCUUGAACACAGAAAUGAAAACUGAAAGUAUUAAAGUGACUGUAUAAUAUUUAAUAUCAAAUACAUAGAUACUAGAUUAAAAUCCAAAUUAUUAAAUGAAUUACUAAAUAAAGAAAUGAUAUAUGGGGAACUAUCA